AUGACUGUGAGCGUGAUGAUCACCUUCUCACAAAAUGUUCGUGUCCUUGAAAGUGGAAUCCACUCUCUAUUUGCAACAUCGACGGACGAUAGUUUGAAAGAUAACUUGCGCCAGGCGUCCAAACAAUCACUGGCCCUAGUCUCGAUUUGUUGUGCCUAUCAGUUCGUUUCCGAGUAUCCUGAAACCGAAGAGGCUUAUUCGCAAUUUCGAAACGCAUUACGCGUCUUCCAAGAUGAGCUUGAAGAACGUGGGGGUACCCUCAAUGGUGGAACCUUGUGUGCCGGAUUGAUUCUCUGCACCCUCUCGAUCCUCCAGGACCUGCCGUGGACAAACCAACUACACUGCAUGGUCGACCUCUACUGCAUACAUGCGAGCCUUGGCUCGUCUGCUCCAAUGCCUGACGCUUUCACAAAUCGCUGCCUGCAAGUCAUUGGUGUUAUGGACCUUCCAGGCCUUGUAUUUGGCAGAAGAACGUCCAACAUCGGCUUCUGGAAACGCUUGCGCGAAGCUGAGUUGGCAUCGUGCAGUGGCUUGAUGGGCGGUGUUGAGACAUUGACAGGCUUGCCUCGCUCACUACUCGAUAUCCUAGCCUAUACCAAGCAUUGCGAGGCCCAGCGUGACCUCUGGAACUGGCAUGGCGAGAUGGGAGAUAGCCUACAAGCUCAACUUUGGGAUGCUUGGAGAUAUGCCGGGAUCCUUUACAGAGCUCGUGCGAUGGUCAAGAACCAAGACCUUGAGGGAGAUGGUCUUCAAGAGGAAUCUAUGACAGGGCUACCUUCCACAAAGUACCUCUUGUGGCGCCUCAUAGCCAGCCUUGAUACCCUCAGGCUAGGACUUGAGCAUCCUGGGUCGAAAGGUCUUCUUUAUGGCAACUCCGCUUUUUGGCCAUAUCUCGUUGCUCGAUGCGAGUUUGAGCUUCUGAGAAGUAAUCCAGAAUGGAAAACGGUGCUCGAUAAGCUAUUUAGCAUGAUGAUUAGCAGCUACAAACCAGGGCACAUUCAGAUUGCGCAGGAUAUGAUUCAAGAGGCCUGGGAGCGGGGAGAGGUCACGUUCGACCUUGACGAGGCGGCUUUGUCACGCAAGAUAGAAUUGGCAGCCUUUUAA